AUGGUGCCCACAGAACUCACAGGUCUUGUCUCUAACAUGUCUGACGAUUACAGCUACCAUCCCACGUCUCCUCUGGAUGACUACCUAAACCUCCCUGAACUUUACUGUAAGAAAAACAACGUCCGGCAGUUUGCGAGCUACUUCCUCCCGCCCUUGUACUGGCUCGUGUUCAUCGCGGGCGCCUUGGGCAACAGUCUGGUCGUCCUUGUCUACUGGUACUGCACGAGAGUGAAGACCAUGACCGACAUGUUCCUCCUGAAUCUGGCAAUUGCUGACCUCCUCUUUCUCGCCACGCUUCCUUUCUGGGCCAUUGCCACCGCGGACCAGUGGAGAUUCCACACCUUCCUGUGCAAAGUGGUCAACAGCAUGUACAAGAUGAACUUCUACAGCUGCGUGCUGCUGAUCAUGUGCAUCAGCGUGGACAGGUACAUUGCCAUCGCUCAGGCCAUGAAAGCGCAGACCUGGAGGCAGAAAAGGCUCGUGUACAGCAAAAUGGUCUGCUUUGCUGUCUGGGUGCUGGCGGCCAUGCUCUGCAUCCCCGAAAUCCUGUAUAGUCAACUCAAGAAGGAAUCUGGCAUUACCAUUUGUACCAUGGUUUACCCUAGUGACGAGAGCACCAAAGUGAAGUCGGUGGUCUUAACCUUGAAGGUCGUCCUGGGCUUUUUCCUUCCUUUCGUGGUCAUGGCCUGCUGCUACACCAUCAUCAUCCACACUCUGUUACAAGCCAAGAAGUCAUCCAAGCACAAGGCCCUGAAGGUGACCGUCACCGUCCUUACUGUCUUCUUCCUAUCUCAGUUCCCCUACAACUGCAUUCUGUUGGUGCAGACCAUCGAUGCCUACGCCAUGUUCAUUUCCAACUGUGCCAUUUCCACCAAUAUUGACAUCUGCUUCCAGGUCACUCAAACCAUCGCCUUCUUCCACAGUUGCCUGAACCCCGUGCUCUAUGUUUUUGUGGGCGAGAGAUUCCGCCGGGAUCUUAUGAAGACCCUGAAGAACUUGGGUUGCAUCAGCCAGGCGCAGUGGGUCUCGUUCACAAGGAGAGAGGGAAGCGUGAAGCUGUCGUCCAUGCUGCUGGAGACGACCUCGGGAGCGCUCUCCUACUGA